AUGCAACGCGUCUGCUUAGUGUUGCUCAGCUUGAGCGCCGUCGCUAUGGCCGGCUAUCUUGGCGGCGGCGGCGGCGGCUGGAGCUCCGGUGGAGGUGGCGGUAGUCGCGGCUGGAGCUCAGGCGGCGGCGGUGGUUGGAGUGGUGGCGGUGGCGGUAGUAUCUCCUUAUGGCCCAGCAAGUCCUCUUACAGCAGCGGCGGCGGCAGUGGCUGGCGCUCUUCGGGUGGUGGUUGGUCUGGUGGCGGCGGUGGCGGUGGCUGGCCGGGCAAGUCUAGCUACAGCAGCGGUUGGUCGAGUGGUGGUGGUGGCGGCAGCGGCGGUGGCUGGAAAAUAAGCAGCCUUGGCGGUUCGGGUGGUUAUGGUCAUGGCGGCGGCGGUAGUGGCGGCUGGGCGCAAGCACUAUCUGGUUGGAAAUCGGGUCUCGGUGGUGGUGGUGGUAGCGGCUGGAAGUCAGGUGGUGGUGGCGGCGGUGGUUGGAAAUCCGGUGGCGGCGGCGGUGGCGGCUGGUCACUUGGUGGUGGAGGUAGCAGCGGAGGUGGCGUUUGGAAGAUUAGCAGCGGCGGUGGUAGUGGCGGUUAUGGCGGCGGUUGGCCAUCAGGCGGCAGCAGUGGUUGGUCAUCGGGCGGUGGUGGCGGCGGUUGGAAGUGGUAA